GGAUUAUCAACCUGACAGAAAAGCAUGACAGGUGCUGUAAAGGUUUUCCUCGUAUGCGGUCUACUUCAAGGCAGCUUAUGCCAAGACUGGGCAACCUUCAUGCCUCAGAGAGUAGACGGACUAAGUGGAUCCUGUGUGAUGGUCCCCUGCACUUUUAGCUUUCCCUCACAUUGGGAUCAAAGCCUGGAUGAUUCCUGUCGAGCCAUUUGGAAGAGAGGCUGGAGUCGAACGCAGGUGUUUGAUUCCAACCUCGCCGGAGAACUCGCAAGCUCAAACAUCGUGCAAGGAAACGUAACGGGGCUCCUGCGCGAGAAGGACUGCACCACCAUCUUCAACAACCUGCCGUCGUCCCAUUAUGACGACUAUUACUUCAGACUUCAGUGUGACAACAAUCUGAAGUUCAACUUUCCAACGAGCGUCCUUAUCACCACUCAAAAUUCACUGCCCAAACCCACCAUAACUCCGUCCACGCUGGAGGUAGAAGAAGGGACUCCAGUGGCCUUGAGCUGCUCGGCUGUAGCUCCGUGUCCCGUUCUUCCCCCAGCUCUGACUUGGAGCCCCGCUUUAGGUGACAUCGAGGAGAUCAUAGAAAGUAAAUCUCUGACCUCUGUUAUGAACUUCACCGCGUCUUACCUCCACAAUGGACAGAAGCUCUCGUGCACCGCUCUCUACACCCGAGCUGGCAACAGUGACCUUCUGUAUGAAAACUCUUUGACCCUCUAUGUUCUCUAUCCCCCAAAUAACACAUCAGUCAGCUACUCUGGUUCUGUAAAAGAGGGCAGCUCAGUGACUCUGACCUGCAACGCCAACGCAAAUCCAGCUGUGGACAGCUACACCUGGUACAAAGUGGAUGGAGAUCAGGUGACAGCCGUGGGUUCCACAAACAUGUUUUCAACUACGGUCUCAGACAUCGACAGGCAGUUUUACUGCAAAGUCUGCAACAAAUAUGGAACCCAGAACUCGUCCAUCACUCAGAUAGACGUACAAUUUCCUCCCAAGGAAACCACAGUAAUCGUCGACCCUAAAGGUCCAAUACUGGAGGGCAGCUUUGUCUCUCUGCUCUGUAGGAGCCGGGCCAACCCACCUGUGACCAACUACACCUGGUACAAAGAUGACGAAGAGGACAAGGAGUCUGCAUCAAGCUUGGUUAUAAGCGAUGUCGACCUGAGCCACCACGGUGACUACCACUGCGCUGCAAGAAAUGAGCUGGGGGAGGAAACUUCAGCACGGAUUCAGCUGGACAUUCAGCAUCCCCCCAAGAACACUUCCGUUUCAGUUGACCCCUCUGAUCCGGUGCUGGACGGCAGCUCCGUAACUCUGACCUGCAUAAGCGUUGCUAAUCCUGCAGCGGUCAACAUCACCUGGUUCAGAGUGGCUGGAGGACAACAGGAGGAGAUGGGCUCUGAGCGAGACUUCACCUUCAAUGUGACCAAACUCUCCGAGGAUCAGUAUUACUGUGAAGCUCUGAAUGUCCACGGAGCUAAAUCCUCGGAGCCCGCCAGCAUUGACGUCACAUUUGCUCCAGAGAUCCUGCCUUCUUCCCGCUGCAUCAAGGUUUUUUCUAUGAUCCGAUGUUCCUGCGACAGCCAGGGGAACCCACUUCCCUCCCUGGUUUGGGAAUUGGCCGGGGAGCCUGUCAAUCAAUCUGCUGCCAUCCCGAUCAGGCAAGUGUCCCUGGGGAGCGUGGCCACGAGGAGCCGCAUCACCCUGCACAGUCUGGACGACGACAUGCCCUCUCUAGUCUGCCGCAGCAUCAGCUCACUGGGCUCUGAUAGUUUUGUAUUCAACGUGUCCUCCAGUGAAACUCAUCUUGGCCUCCAUGAUUUGUCUCUUAUGAUCGGCGCUGCAGUGGGAGCACUGGGGAUGCUGCUGCUGUGUGUCCCACUGCUGCUAAUUCUUUACAGGAAAGGCAAAGGCAGCCUUUCAUCCAACAAGAAGUUGGUGGACCAUUCCAACGUUUUAGUUACUAACGGGACCAACUCUUCAAAAGUGGAUGUGAUUUAUGCCAAUAAAGCCUUUCUGGGAGAGAAAGAAGUAGUUGAGGAAGACGCUCUCCACUACGCCAAUGUGGACUUCACUAAGCUCCAGGCCAAGUCGGGGGGUAAGCUUGGGGAAGGGGAGAUCAGAGGCCUGGCCUCAAACACGGCCGAAUACGCUGAGGUCCGUCUGCACUCUGGAGGAAGCAACGGAGGAGAUGCAAAGGAAGGAGAGACCGUUGCUGGCGCUCAUUUGGGAGAAGGGAAGACGGUCUCAUAGGACAGGUUGUGAAGAGGUGAUGGCUUAACUUUAUGGGAAAUGAUCUGAAGCACAGGGCUGUGGGCUUCCAGCAGAUACAGGACUUCACCAUGUCAGUCCAGCUGAGCUCGAAAGGUUCGCAGCAGUGGAGGGAGAAACUGCACUGCAGGAAACCUUAUUUAAAGAGUCAUUUCACACGUGUGUGCUUCAGCUUUAGCUCAACCUUUGUCACCGCAUAGAAAAACAAAAUCACAUAACAUAAAAUGUAUUUUACGUAUAGUAGGUAGUUACCAUAACAGUAAAUGUUCCCUUUUAAACUCACGACUUUUACUGUUUAUGUUUAAUAUUUCAAUGCUAACUUGUCUUUUAAUAAUUUAACAUUUUAAAACCUUUGUGCAGAGUGAAAGAAUCAGUUACAAAGAGUUUGUCA